CCCAAGUCCCCGUGGCCGCGAUGAAUCUGCGGAGGGCUUCGCAGCCCCGCCCCUCGCGAGUGGACUCCGCGAGCUCCUGCAGGUACCGCGGCGGCGCGGCCGCCACCUCCUCCAGGGAGCCCACCUUCCAAGACGCGCUGACGCUGUCGGCCACCGGCACCUGGCGCCGGCGGGGAGCACUGCGGGAGCAGCUGGGGCUGCUGGAGGAGGGAGCGGAGGAGUCAUCCCCGGGAGGACCGGCUGCCGCGGGCAGCAGUCGGCUGUGCCUGGAGCCGCGGGAGCACGCGUGGUUACUAGCCGCUGCCGAGGGUCGCUUUGAGGAGCUGAAAGAGGUGCUGGAAGCCGAGCCCUCGCUGCUGCUCUGGAGCGACCCGAUUUCGGGGUACACCCUGCUGCAUUGGCUGGCCAAGCACGGGCGCCACGAGGAGCUCAUCCUGGUGCACGACUUUGCCCGGCGCCACGGCCUGUCGCUCGACGUGAGCGCACCGGGGAGUGGCGGCCUCACACCCCUCCAUCUGGCCGCCAUGCAGGGCCACGACAUGGUCCUCAAGGUGCUGGUGGGGGCGCUGGGGGCGGACCCCACGCGCCGUGACCACAGCGGCCACCGAGCUUGUCACUACCUGCGGCCCGGCGUGUCCCAGGGCCUUCGAGAGCUAGCGGGGGCCGAGGAGUGGGAGAUGGAGAAAUAUAGCAGCAAGAAGGACAACGCCAAUAACAACAGUAGCAGCCUGUGGCCGCUGCGACGGUCCCCAAGCUCCGUGGGCUCCACGACCACGCAGAGCAUGGAGACACGCGCGGCCAAGGUGGCCAGCAAGAAGGACUCCUCCACGGGCGGCCGGGUGGCCCACUUCCAGAGUUUCUUUCGCCAUAUAUUCCCCCUCUUCCAAGAUCGUUGA